ACUUGUAAUUUAACUGUUCUAUCGCACGUUUUAUCCACUCUCUUCGAUUGACCACCUAAUCUCGGAAGAGAAGAAAACAAAGAUCGAUGGCUUCUGCAAAAGCAAUAACGAGUCCAGUGCCAGAUGCGAGGUACCCAACCCUAGCCGUCUUGAUGCUCGCCGUUGGUCUUGUCCUCACCGCUUCUUUCUUCAUCUAUGAAGCAACUUCUUCAAAGCGAAAUCGCAGCCUUGCCAAGGAGCUCACCGUCGGGGGAGUGGCAUCGGUGUUCUUGGGCUUUGGAUCAUUGUUUUUGCUACUUUCAGCUGGUGUAUGCCUGAUUGUUGUAUUGCUCAAACCAUUAUAAAAUGAUUUCAUGAGCAGAAUGUUAAGGAUCAUAUUCAUGGGUUUCA